GGAGGCGGACACACGCAACGCAAGGGGGAGAACCGGGCUGUCCCCGGCUCUGCAAGGCGGCCCGACGCCCGCAGCCCCGGAAGCGCAUCCUCGCCUUGCCUUCCUGUUCCCGGCAGCGCCCGGCUCCGGGCGUCUCUUCGCUGGUCCACUGUCUGCGCCGGCCCUGCCCCAGCCGAGAGCACCUGCGCGGCAGGCCCGCAGCUGGCAGCCUCGCGCCCCUCACACGGCCGCGAGACUCGCAAAUCUUUCUAGGAUCAGUGAGGAAGACUGAAGACCCGCUUGGGCUGGUAAAGCCAUCUGCCAGGCACUACUGCCACCAUGCCCAAGAGAAAGGCAAAAGGAGAUGCUAAAGGUGACAAAGCAAAGGUGAAGGAUGAGCCACAGAGGAGAUCGGCACGGUUGUCUGCUAAACCUGCCCUUCCAAAACCAGAGCCCAGGGCAAAAAAGUCCCCUGCAAAGAAGGGAGGGAAGCUGGCCAAAGGGAGAAAGGGGAAAGCAGAAGGCAACAAAGAUGGGAACAACCCUGCAAAAAACCGAGACGCCUCUACAGUCCAGUCACAGAAAGCAGAAGGUACCGGGGAUGCCAAGUGAAGUAUACUUUUUUGAUAGCUCUGUACUUCUAGUGACUCUACUGUUUGAAAUACUAUUUUUUUUAAAUCAAAUUUUGUAAAAACGUAGAUUUUUUUUUUUUAAGUUAUGUUGUUAGCACACAAGACGCUUUGUUGUUAUCUUUUGUGGAAAAGGCAAAAUAACCACUAAUAACCACUAGUAGAAUGUUUCAGAAGCUGGAUUGAAAUAGGGGAAAACAGAAUUUUCUAUCCUCGUAUUUGAAGAUUAUUCUUGGUUCCUAGGAGAGAUUCUCCGACAUUCACACAUGACAGCCACUAUGGCUCAGAAGCCUUACUGUGUGGGGAAGCAAAACAUCAUGUCUUCUCCUUUCCUGAUGCCAUCAACACGUCCUUGACUUCCUGAAACCAAGAGUCAUGAUGCGGCCUUGGCACCCCUAGAAUCAGCUGCGUCAGGUGACAAUACUCAGGAUUUCUGGUGAUGACACCAAGAUGGUGUUGCUCAAAAGAGCCAGGAUUCCUGUUUUUUUUUUUUUUUCUUUUUGCGGUAUGCGGGCCUCUCACUGUUGUGGCCUCUCCCGUUGCGGAGCACAGGCUCCGGAUGCGCAGGCCCAGCGGCCAUGGCUCACGGGCCCAGCCGCUCCGCGGCAUAUGGGAUCCUCCCAGACCGGGGCACGAACCCGUAUCCCCUGCAUCGGCAGGCGGACUCUUAACCACUGCGCCACCAGGGAGACCCCAGGAUUCCUGUUUGUAGUUUAUGGAUCAUCUCAUUAAUAGUCCUGGAGUUUUUAGUUCCUUUCCUCCAUGUCAGAGGUGACCUGUGAAAAGCUCUUAUAUGCCUCAUGUGAAAUAUUCACCCUUUCUGAAAACUUUUCCUGUUCAUUGCAGCAACAGACUUUGUUGACUUUUUGGAGAGGGGAGUUUGAAAGUUGUAAGAUGUUAUGGAUUGUCACCCAUGUCCUGCUGGAAGUAACUUUUUUUUUUUUUUUUUUUUUUUGCGGUAUGCGGGCCUCUCACUGUUGUGGCCUCCCCCGUUGCGGAGCACAGGCUCCGGACGCGCAGGCUCCGGACGCACAGGCUCAGCGGCCAUGGCUCACGGGCCCAGCCGCUCCGCGGCAUAUGGGAUCCUCCCAGACCGGGGCACGAACCCGUAUCCCCUGCAUCGGCAGGCGGACUCUCAACCACUUGCGCCACCAGGGAGGCCCUGGAAGUAACUAUUUUUGAAAUGUAUCUUAUAAAGCUGGAUACAAGUUGGCUUCAUGGGAGGGGAGGGAUCAUUUCCUACUCUAAGUCAUAAAGCUAUCCUUUACUGCCUUGUAAAAGUUUUAUAGUUUUGCUUUUCACAUUUGUCUUUGGUCUUCCCUGAACUGAUUUUUGCAAAAAUAUGAGAUAGUAAUUCAAUAUAAUAUUUUUUCCAUAUGGUAAGUGGUUGUCCCAACCACUUGGUUGUCCCAACUUUUCUGAAAAGUUCAUCCUUUCCCCACUGAUCCGUAAUAGUGGCUCUUUUCAUAAAUCAAGUUUCUUUUGUGGAGUGGGGAGCUGGGAGAGGUCUGUUGAUGGUUUCGAUUCUGACUCACUGGUCAAUUUGUCUAACCUUGUGGCAAUACUAUACAAUCUUGAGUACUACAACUUUAGAAAAAGGUCUUGAUAUCUCGGGACAAAUACCACCUCCACCUUUAACAUCACCACCAAACUUUUCUUCGUUGGAGUAUCUUGGCUAUAUUCUUAGCCAACUGCUUUUCCAUACAACUUCUAGAAUUAGAUCGACAAGUUCCAAGUCAAACUAACAAAAGGUGGAAUUUUUAUUGGAUUUGUAUUGAAUUUAUAGAUUAAUUAUAAUAUUGAGUCUUCCAAUCCAUGAAUAUGGUAUAAUUCU